GGUGUGGGCGAAUCAACACAACACGAACGUGUUUUAACUUUCAUCUGCUUUGAUUUUAGAAAUUACAUCUCUUCUUGCGAAAUCUUGCAGGAUGUCGAAAUUCAAUAUGUUAGAAUGCCAACAGCAAGUGAAAGAGAAUUCUCUUGAACUAAAUGACUACCUGCGAGAAUUGGAAAAGUGGGAAACGGACGUCAAAAAGAAAGAUGAUAAACUACGUACUUCGCAACCCCUCGCUAAUGUACAGCCGAAGUUGCCACCAGUAAGAAACGAGGCUAAAAGGCAAAAGCGUAAAAAACCCCAAUCAUCCGAAAAUAAGAAGGAAAAGCCACAACCUAUCAAGUCCUACAACUACAGCGCAUGGGACAAGUUUGAUGUGGAGAAAGCAUGUCAAGACAUUGAUCAGGGUGCAGAUCAGCAGAGUUCAGAGGAAGAUGACGAUAGUGCGGACAAUGAGCGGCAAGAGAUGGAAUGGAGGGUGCAGCAAGCAGUUGCUGAAAAAGACCUGGGAAAUGAUCUAUUCAAAAAAGCAAAGUAUGAAGAGGCCAUAGAGCAUUACACAAAAGGAAUUGGUUAUGAUCAAUUCAGUGCCAUCUUGCCUGCUAACCGUGCCAUGGCUCUGCUUAAACUUGGAAGGUAUGCUGCGGCAGAAGCCGAUGCAAGUACUUCCAUCGGUCUAGACCCUACCUACGUGAAGGCGUACGCCAGAAGAGGAACGGCAAGACUGGCGAGAAAAUGUCUCGCUGAGGCACGGCUGGAUUUUGAGCAGGUCCUCACUCUGGAGCCAGAUAACCGACAGGCGAAAGCUGACAUUUUAAAAAUUGAGAACUUUUUGGAAAAAAGUAAACCCACACCAGACCUGGAAGAAUCACAGCCGGAGAAGGCUGAUGAGGGAAGAUUAUCUAAGAAACUUCCAGCUAAGCUUGAUGUGGUACCUGGAUUGGUGAUGCCUAUCGAUAAAUCAGUACAUCUUAGAUCAAAGAAACCACUUACAAGAAUUAGCAUUGAUGAAUAUGACGAAGAUGAGCAUAUUUCCCUCGUGGAAACGGAGAAACCCCCUGAAACUAGCCAGACAAAGCAGGCAACUGCUGGCGAUCGUUUGGCCGUAAGCAGCGGUAGCGAUAAUAGAGUCACAGGAAUGUCGUCACCGAGUGGUAGUGUCGAUGGGGUGCAUCGGCAGAGUAGUAAGGUGGACGUGGUGAUCGGAGAUGAGUCGAGACAGGAUCGUGCGCGGACGACAGUAACUGGCAGCAUCAACAAAGACGAAGGCACUGCCGAUGUUGCUGAGGACGAUGGGCCACCGCUACCAGCAAACUCGGUUCAACUUCAAUUGGACUGGAGGCGACUAAAGGGAAACUCGUCGAAACUCUACAAAUACUUCAAGAGGAUCCAGCCGGCAGACUACCCACGACUAUUCUCUCAGUUUCUUGAAGCUGAUGUUCUGUCUCAGAUAAUUGCAGUUCUUCGUGAUUUCUACGUGUGCGAGAAAGAGGACGUGUUUUCAGUACUGGCUGGCCUGGUGCACGUGGCAAGAUUUUCUACUAUUGCCAUGUUUAUGGGAUCAACAGAAACCAAGGCCUUAAAUGCUCUGUUUGAGCGAGUCAAGCAGUCGGGACUACACAGCAAAGAGGACGUUGCAGCCGUUUCUUUAAAGUACAACCUGUCGUGACCAGCACAAGAUGAGCUCAUGGUAGACCCGAUAUGGCUUCACACCACUGCAGGUGACCUGUGACUAACAUUUUAUAACCAGGAGUACGUACUCAGGUAUCGGAGGUAUCUUAUCAGUACCAUUUAUUAAACUGUAGCCAGUGUAAAA